UGAGCCCUCUGUUGAUAGGAUUCAUACAUGCAUUAACUACUCUUCUGAAGUUCUUGCAAUCUGGAAAACGAAUCAUGUCUUCUGAUAUUUUCAAGAAGUCUACGGAACAUCGAAAACAAGAAAAACAAGGCAUUAAAUGCUCCCACAAAUAUGAUCAAAAAUACACUUUUGAUGAGAAGCAGGAAGUUAAAAUGCCCGAUCAAUUCAACGCUCCUGGUCGCGGAAGAGAAAGAGCAGACUCUCACUCUGGUCCCACAUGCGGUGUUUCGUGUAGCAAAUCUUCAAGCAAAAAAGGAACUUGCCCUGAGGCUGAGAAUUUGGUGGAAAAGAGGAUCAUUUACAUUUUAUCGAUAAGUAUUAUAUCGAUCCUGGCUCUGGCUACGAGAUUCUACAAACUUGGAGAGCCUGAUCACAUAUGCUGGGAUGAAACUCAUUUUGGCAAGAUGGGGAGCUACUACAUCAAUCGCACAUUCUUCUUUGAUGUGCAUCCACCGCUGGGUAAGAUGUUGAUAGGCCUUGCUGGCUAUGUGUCUGGAUACAAUGGCUCCUUCCCAUUCGAUAAACCUGGAGACAAGUAUGGUGACACUGAAUACUAUGGCAUGAGAGCCUUUUGUACCACCUUGGGAUCACUGAUCAUCCCUCUGACCUACCUCACAGUGGAAGAAAUGACCAAGUCAAUUCCUGCAGCAGUAGUUGCAUCCUCACUCAUUCUUUUUGACUGUGGAUGCCUGACCCUGUCUCAGUACAUCCUCCUGGAUCCUAUCUUAAUGGUGUUUAUCAGUGCUUCAGUCUUCUCUCUUGUCAAGUUCAGGUCCUGUCACUCCAGUCCUUUCAGCCCAAGAUGGUGGGCUUGGAUGUCUGUGACAGGAGUGUUCCUGGCAUGUACUUUCAGUGUAAAAUGGGUUGGAUUGUUUGUGAUCCUCCUUGCUGGUGUGUCGACAGCUCAGGACCUUUGGAAUCUUCUUGGUGACUUGAGUCUUACAAAGAUGACACUGUUUUACCAUCUCUUGGCCAGAGUAGCAUGUUUGAUAUGUUUGCCAGCCAUCAUCUACUCAGUUUUCUUUGCAAUCCACUUCAAAGUCUUAAAUCAAAGUGGGAAUGGCGAUGGUUUCUACAGCUCAGCAUUCCAAGCCAAACUCAUAGGAAACAAACUUCAUAAUGCAGCUAUGCCAGAAGCCAUUGCCUAUGGAUCUUUGAUCACAUUAAAGAAUCAUCGCUCAGGAGGAGGACUUCUACACUCUCAUCAUCAUCUCUAUCCUGAAGGCUUUGGUGCUGUGCAACAACAGGUCACUGCAUAUACUCACAAGGAUAUGAACAAUGAAUGGUUGGUGAAGAAGUUUAAUGUCAAUCCAGACCCAAAUGAUACAUCAAUACAGUAUGUCAAACACGGCGAUCUCAUAAGACUGGAACAUACUGCAACUAAAAGAAAUCUUCACAGUCAUCCGCUACCAGCUCCAUUGUCCAGUCGACACCAUCAGGUUACUUGCUAUGGAGAGAAUGGUACAGGCGAUGUGAAUGAUGUAUGGAGAGUCGAGAUUGUAGGAGGUAAAGAAGGAGACCUUGUUAAAGUUGUCAAAACCAAACUCAAACUGAUUCAUCAACUCAUUGGAUGUGCCUUAUUUUCACACUCAAAGACACUUCCCAAAUGGGGUUGGGAACAGCUAGAAGUCACAUGCAACCCUUACACAAGAGAUGUGAGAACUUUAUGGAAUGUAGAAGAUCACACCAAUACAAAACUUCCCAAUGUAAAUAUAAGCCUGUUUGUGCCAUCAUUUCUGGAAACUUUCAUUGAAGCUCACUUGGUCAUGGCCUCGGGUAACAACAACCUCAAACCCAAAGAAGGUGAGCUGACAUCACAACCCUGGCAAUGGCCCAUUAACUAUAGGGGGCAGCGUUUUUCUGGUGCUAAUGAUACUGAGUACAGAGUGUAUCUCCUUGGCAAUCCCAUUAUUUGGUGGGGGAACUUAGUUGUACUAGCCCUCUUCUGUCUGGCAGCAUUGGUAUGGCUCUUCUUGAUGCAGAGGGGAUAUGAGCUCUCUAAACAGAUGCAAGAAUCUGCAUCUAAUGUCUAUCCAUCAUGUGGUUGGCUGUUUCUAGGCUGGGCACUUCACUACCUACCAUUCUACUUAAUGGGUAGAGUCCUUUACUUUCAUCAUUACUUCCCUGCGAUGCUUUUCAAUAGUAUGAUCACUGGGAUCUUUGUGGAUCAUGUGCUGAAGGUUGUAGAACUGAAGCUAGGAGGUCGUUUUCCUCACAUUCAUCAGAGUGGUGUAGUCAUAGUCCUGGCUAUAAUCAUUCACAGUUUCUAUUUGUUCCAUCCUCUCUCCUAUGGGAUGAUUGGACCAGUGGCAGACAAACCAGGAAGCCCAAUGUCUGGACUCCUCUGGCUCUCUUCCUGGGAGUUCUAAUCAGGGCUAUGUAACACAAAGUUCUGCAAUCAAUUGCAAAAUAUUAGUGAAUGAUUAUGAUCAUUGCAUGCAUACACUGUUCAAUGUACCCUUUCUAGAGUAAUGAGAACCAUUGAUUGAAAUUUGCAAUUGAUAGUGAAUUUUUGUGGUAUGGCCUUGUGAUAUGACUACUUCAUCUUCAUUCGAUCAGUACUAUUAAUCUUAUGUAUCAUGAAUAUGGACCUGGUUUCACUAGAUUUGUUAUUACUGAUCACUAUGAUAUAGAAAACAUAUGCAAGCCAAUCAACACUGCUGCUGGCAAAAACAAAAUCUAGUUCAGAUUCAAAUUUAUUUUCAAUAUUUGUGUAUCUUGAAUCAUUUUGAGUGAAUUUUGUGUAUUUAAAAUCGAUCAUGAACACAAAUGCCAAGUUUUGUGAAACUGGAUUUAGAAUGUUCAAGAGUGUAACCUGAAAGAUAUGAUGCAUAUUUUUGUUAUUACAUAAUUCUUGUUGAAUAUUUAUUGGGUAGUGCCAAGCUUGCAUCAUUUAGAGUAUAUUUUUUUGUGUGUGUUUUACUCAAGGCAUGUAUUGAUAGGUAUACUAACUGGAAUAUGAAUAUAAUGUACUUGGAAAAACACUCUGAGUGGGAGAUGGUUGAGGGUGCUGCUAGAUUAAUGUGAUGUUAUUUGAUCAUGUUAAUGAUAGCAAAUCUUCAUUUUAGAUGUGAUACUUUGCCAUCAUAAUCUAUUUUAUUGUAAAUCAAGACAACUUUUCUCAACAAGGAUUUAUUUUAUUACUUUGGUAGACUUCGAAGAUUUUUGAACUUCAGUUUCAGUGAAUGUGUUGUGGCCCUAAUAUUUUUUGUGCUAAUUUACUUAUGCCAAUUUUAUGCAAAUGUGUGCAUUUCGCUUUCCCCCUUUGUUUUUGUUUAGAGGUUUUUUUUUAAUAUUUGAUAUAAUUUUGGAGUAGAUAUAAAAUAAAUACAUUAUUGCUUGCCUCUGUUGUUGAAAAAUGAAAUGUGAUUGAUACAUGGAAGAAGUGUGGUUGACAGAGAUUAGUAAGUUUGGACAGAUUAACUAGUAUUGAAUUCUCAACAAAACAGGAAGCCACUAAUAUAUUUGUUUAACAGUAGGCCUAUAUGUUUAUUAGCAAGAAGGUGGUAAAUUUUCAAGAGAAUCUUAUUUAUUAGUUGAGGUACUGAAGCCUGUAUUGAAGCCCGUUUGGGUACAACUCUGAGUCUUUCAUAUAUUUAUUGACACAUUCAUUCGUAUUCAUUUGUGUGUGUGUGUGAGGGUUUAUUUGCACGUUAGGGUGUGUGGGUGACUGGGUAUGGGUGUGGGUGUGUCCUUAUGCAUCUCCAGUGUUGAAAUCUUUUUCAAUUCAAUUCAAUUCAAUUCAAGGUUUAUUAAAAACAUGAGUCGUAGCCAAAUGGCUGAAUUGUUCAUGUAUACAAAGUAAAAACAAUAAAAAGACUCAUUACAUAUUUCAAACAUCAAAAAACAGUAAACUUUGUAAAAACUGACAUGAGAAAUAUGUGUAUAGGCAAGAAUACUUUGGCAAAGAAAAUUUAUAUACAUGUACAUAAGAUAAUGAGGAAAUAGUAAAUUAAAAAUAAUAAAAA